AAUGCUAUGGAGGAUGGCUGACGAGGAUAACACUCGUACCAGGAUGACAAAGUGAAAUGCGAUACCGACGCGGACCGAGGCGUGGCCGAGACGCGGGCGACGUUCAUAUCGAGGCCGUUCAUGAAAGCUGCAAACGGAUGCCCCUUGGGGAAGGCCGCCGCAAUGCGCUCGAAGGGCGUUGUGAAAGCUUACUCGGUCGUUGCGGCCCACAUUUAAGAUGCGAUUGGCCCCUGACACUGUCCUUGCAACCUUUGUCCUUCCUCUCCGCCCAUAACUCUACUUGCCAUAAUGCCGCUCUGCACUUUCAUCACCAACGUCAAGAUUGAGGACACCCGCAAGUUUGCGGUCGAGCUCACUGAAUUCAUCUCCCAGCAGGUCGAGAAGCCUGUGGCAUUCAUCAGCAUGCACAUCAAGUAUGACCCCGACUUCUACUUCGCCGGGUCAUUCGACGAGCCCGCGUGCAGGCUGCACGUUGACAACCUGUGGAACAACACGCCUGAGGCCGCGAUCAAAUGGUCCGCCGCAUACGCAUCCUUCUUCCAGACCAAGCUUGGCAUCGCCCAGGACCGGUACCAUGUCGCAUUCGAGGACAGCGGCCCGGACUACAUUGGCGCAUUCGGCAGCACCGCUGAAGCCAACAGGCUCGCGGCGUUGAAGCAAGGCCAGUGAUUGCGACACAAAGCUGCUUGCCGUUUCGGAGAGGGAGAGGUUAUAUUGAGAUGUGCUGUAGAUCUAGAGGUUACCGAAAUGUAUUUAAUGCCAGCUUACGAUAUGCAGGACAAUCUUUCAAUCA